AAUCCAGUGGAACUGAAAAAUCAUAUUUAACAAAAUUAAUUAUUGUUUGCAUAAAAAUAGAAAGAAAAACUUAUCCUUUAAUAGCAUCAACAGGGAUAGCUGCACAAAAUGUUGAAGGAUUUACUAUUCAUUCUAUACUUAGAAUAGUACAAACAGAAUUAGGCUAUCAAUUAUUAGCUUUUUAUAAUCUUGAAUUUAAAAAUAAAUUUACAGAAAAUUCAAUAUUUGAAGGUAUCUGUGUAAAAGUUGCAGGUGAUUUGAUACAAUUUUUACCAGUAAGUAGUAAAGCUGUAUUUUAUUCAUCAGUAUGGCAAUUAUUUCAUUCUUUAUUUUUGUAUAAAUCUCAAAGAUAUAAUGAAGAUAAUAAAUUUUAUAAAAUGUUAAAAGAAAUUAGAUUUAGAAAAAUAUUAAAUGCAACCUAG